AUGGAGAAACACCUCGGAAACGACAAGGAUCUUUUGGGGAUCCAUUCCUAUGAUUUUCCGCAGAAAGGACAGUUAUUCUCUGAGCUCAUAAGCACUAGCCUCAGCAACAGCAUUAGUUGUACUUCUCUCACAAAUGUGCAACAAGAAGAUUCUUAUUUUGGCCUGAAUCAGAGCAAAAGACGGAAACUAGAAUCAUCAACAAUCUCAAGCUUCUUCUUUCCGCAGGCGGAGACACUAACACUUCUUAAUCCUCCCCUGUGGAUUGAUGAAGACGUUGUAGGGAAUUGGAAGAAACCUCAAGAAGAAGGAGUGAAGAAGAAGAAAAGAGCAAAGGCAGGAGAAAGCAGGAAACCGAGGCCUAAAGACAGGCAGAUGAUACAAGACCGUAUCAAGGAGCUACGAGGGAUGAUUCCAAACGGAGCAAAGUGUAGCAUUGAUACGUUGCUUGAUCUGACGAUAAGACACAUGGUGUUCAUGCAAAGCAUCGCCAAGUACGCUGACAAACUCAAACAACCAUACCAGCCUAAGCUGGUGAAGGAGAAGGAGAGAACAUGGGCGUUGGAAGUUGGGGAUGAUGAUGAGUCGGUGGUAUGUCCGAUCAUCGUGGAGGAUUUGAAGCCGCAAGGACAAAUGCAGAUAGAGAUGGUGUGCCAGGAAAAUGGGGAUGAGUUUCUUGAGAUUGCACAUGUGGUGAGAGGUCUAGGUUUGAACAUUUUGAAAGGAGUCAUGGAAACGAGACAGGGAAGGAUAUGGGCACACUUGAUCGUCGAGGCAAAGCCACACAUCACUAGGCUUCAACUCUUCUACUCACUUGUUCACCUCUUUCAACAACAAAACCCACGAAACUCCUUUGAGCACCAAACAUGA